AAUCAUGUUUUAGUUUAAGAUCGUGUGCUUUAGAUCCUAGAUUAGGUCUUUCUCAGGCUUAUAUCUGUAGAUUGAUUGGAAUUUUGAGUUUUGGAGGCCAAUUUCAAUACAUGAAUCUGAAUAGCUUGAGUGAAAUUUGUAGGUAUUCUACAUACCAUUGUCUUUCAUCAUGUGCUUGGUCUUAUCCGCCCUAAAGAUCACUUACGUACAAUGCAGUGAAAUAGAAGUGGAAAAGAAAAUUGAUGAAAAGAUUGAGCAAUUCAUAAACUGGAUUGAGAAACACCCAAACAAGAAGAGAAUAAAAAUGGCUGGAGAAGGUGAAGAAGAUGUACCUAGAGAUGCUAAGACUGUGAAAUCUUUGCUUAAGUCGAUGGGUGUAGAAGACUACGAGCCUCGUGUGAUACACCAGUUUCUGGAGUUAUGGUACCGGUAUGUGGUCGAAGUGUUGACAGAUGCUCAGGUUUACUCAGAGCAUGCUAGUAAAUCCAACAUUGACUGUGAUGAUGUGAAGCUCGCUAUUCAAUCCAAAGUUAAUUUCAGCUUCUCACAGCCACCUCCAAGAGAGGAACAAGAUCCCUCUGCCAAAUCGAUAGCAGGACCUGGUGUUCCACUCCCACCUGAACAUGACACAUUGCUGAGCCCAAAUUACCAGCUUGUGAUACCGAAGAAGUCAGUUUCCACAGAACCUGAAGAAACUGAGGACGAUGAAGAAAUGACAGAUCCUGGACAGUCCUCUCAAGAACAACAGCAGCAACAACAACAAGCAUCAGAUCUUCCAAGCCAAACUCCUCAAAGGGUCUCUUUUCCACUCUCUAGACGACCCAAAUAAGUAGAUAUUGUUUCUAUGACAUUUAUAUUCUAUGUAAAAACAAGUUCUUUUGAUUAAUUGAAUUUUUAUACAGAUUUUCAUUAGAAACUUUAAUUAAGGGACUAGAGCUAU